AAAAAAUAUAGUAAACUUCCGGUCAAAAUAACAUGUUUCAACAGUUUCAGUAAAAAAGGCGAUUUAAAGUCACAUUUUAUUUGUUUUUGAAUCGACAAACAACACGAGUUGGUACCAAAUUAAUAAAAAAUGUCUGCCACUAAUAAAGGAGAAGCAACAAUGAUAUCACACGAUGACGACAAAGCCAUUAACUUUAAGAGGCUGGAACAAGAGCUGGAAAAUGCCGUCGAGGGUGAAGCAAGAUAUUGGCGAGAAAAUGAUGCCAAGUUCCGUGCAGUGCACCAGAAAGUUGCAACCUAUGAUGAGUUUAGGGACAUAGUCAAGGCCUCCCACCUUAAACCCCUUGAGAAAGAAGAUAAACUAACAGACAUCAAGUUCAUACAACCAUGGAACUCACAAGCCAAUAAAAGACAGGAAGACGGCAAUAAGAAAGCCACUGAGGAUAUACCCAAGGGUAAAGAGUACCCAACGUCUGGACAAGCCUUUAUUCGUGAGUGGCGUCGAUUCAACAAAGAUACAACACAACAGUACGACUACCUGAUCGAGCUUGGCGGGGAACAAUUACGAAAGAUUUUCAAACCUGAGAUUGGCUUUGGACUCCUUGGUGAAUUUGCAAACUGCUUAGAUUGUGAGCUGAAAAAUGAGGAUUUCAAGAAUGUGAUUAAUAUUCUGCAAGAAUUGUGUGAAACCAACAGGUUUUCGUUGACUGUGCAGUUUUUAAGUUCAAAGGAGAAAGGGUAUUUGAACAGUUUGGUUGUGAAAUUGAAAAAUAUGGCCUCAGAUGUAGAAAACUUUGAAAGUGAAGUUUUGACAGAUCUCCAAACGAAAUAUGAAAUAAAACAGUGAUAUAUCUACGACAAUAAUUAAAAUUGCAAUUUGCAUGUGAUUGCAUGUUUGAUUUGUUCUUAUAGUUUUUGUAUUGAAUUCUUAAGACAUAUAAGGUACAUAACUUAAAGUGGUUUAAUGUGCAACUGAUAAUUGCUGUUAACAGAUAUGCAUAUUUUCAAAGCAAUACAUGUACAUGCCAAUAAAUAUUAUUAAGUUCGUCUUUUGCAACAUAACACUGGUUUAUUUAUGCAUUUCAUUGAAAUGGUAUGAAAACUCAUUUAUCUACGGUACAUGUAUUAUAAUAUUACUUCAAUCAUUGGUCAAGUUCUCACUAAGGACUCAGGGUUGUUCGGUUAGCACACUCGUUUCCCACCGUGAGCUGCAUUUAACCAGCCAUGCGUUCAUUAAAGGCUAACGUUACCAAAUGUAAGCAAACUGUUUUGUUUUGUAUCCCUGUUGCCACAUAAGACAAACACUGCAAGCAGAGAACCAAACAGCAAAACGUUCGCAUUAAACAUAUUUACUGAACACAUGCUGAAGUUUGUCUUAUAUAGUUAAUGUUUGAAUGAUCAGAUUUAUGUAUAAACUGUAAUUGAUAUAAAAGAUGUGUAAACUACCCUAUAAUAUUAACUAAAUUGCCUUUCUUUCACUAUUUUGACUUGUUAUCCUCAAAGUUGUUAAUGAAUUAACCCCUCGUCACUGCGCCAUUAUGUGUCCUUAUGAAGUAAAAGUAUGGUGAAAAUAUUUUAUUGUAGUUGUCAAUUUAUCUACAAGUGAUGUUUAUCCACUCGGACAUUUAUACCCUAACCUUACGCUACUGGUAGACCAUUAAACUUUUAUUUAACUAUUUUUAUUAGUAUACUCUAUGAUACCAAAAUUGCAGAAGAAACCCAAUCUUGUACAGUCAAGAAAAAAAAAAUGAUGGCGUAACCACUCAGCUGCAGGGACUGGUAUAUAUCUUAUUGGAUAUUAUAUCAUUUAUUUAAUUCCUUCAAAGCAUCACAUGAUAAUGUCAAUCAACCAAUCACCUACAGCCUUUUGCUAAAUUCCGUUAUGUAUGGUUUUGGAAAUCAUGCACUUCAAAGAUAAUUUUUGGGCAUAUAUCAAAAUUCAUUGAAGGGUUCCAGCUGUCAGUUUCUUAGUUUUAACACUCCUGAUGCUUUGACACACAUGAUUUCAUACAUAUUUAAAAAAUGUUCCAUAAAAAGUGCAUUUUAUGAGCAAGUCCCUUUAAGCGCAUGGCUUGGUUUCUUAGCUGAAGGGGUUAUGUUUGGAAAAUAUAACAAUGAAUUCAAAGUCAAAAUUACAUGAUUCUAGAUUGUUUAUUUUAAACUUUUUAUAGGCUUAUAGCUAGUUCAUAGCAUAUAAUAAAAUCAUGGAUAUGUGUUAUAUUUUAACUACUAUCAUGUAUGGAAACAAUGCAGAAUGUAUACAUUACCCAAAAGGGAGCCUUUUUGCCAGGUCACUUAUUGGAAGUUGUUAGUCAGAGAUGGUCAACUUAAUCCAUUGAAUGUUUAAUAUAAUAUAUUCAACCAUGUACUUUUAUUCAACAGCGAAAUAUAAUCC